AUGGCGGACGCACCUUCUUCCUCCGGCGAGGGCACAACCACAACCCUCAACAUCCUCUGCCAGAUUCUGCCUCCUCCUGGGCGAUUCACGAUUGAGAAUCUGCCUUUGACCACAACUGUAGGUCAGCUUCGGGCCCGCAUUUCCGAGACCUUCCCCGGAAACCCUCAUCCAUCAACUCAACGACUCAUCUACCAAGGCAAGGCACUCCUUGACGACAACGUCACUCUUGUAAGCUUCCUGCCGUCUACAAAUGACUCUACUCACGCACUGCAUCUCGUGCUGCCACCACCCGAACCAACUCACGCGCUAGCUUCUGGUACCUCUCACCCAUCGUCACAAGCUGUCUCUGAUCGCCUACGCCCAUUUCGGGCAAGACCAUUUGCUACCAGUACCCCGGGUUUAUUCGGCAAUUCUGCAGCGAAUCCGAGUCCAUUUGGGCCCAACUCUACAGCUGGCUCGGGCUUAUUCGGACCCAACGCAGCUCAUUCAAGUGGAUUCGGACCCAAUGCACCAGCUAGCUCGAGUCCAUUCGGACCCAACGCAGCUCACCCAAGUGGAUUCGGAUCCAAUGCACCAGCUGGCUCGAGUUUGUUCGGAUCCAAUCGCCCAACCGGUUCAGGUUUAUUCGGUCCCAUCCCAGGUAAUCCAAGUCCAUUCGGACCGGGCAUCGCGGGUUUCGGACCAGCACACCCCAACGGAAAUUUUUUUGGCCCACUCCACAACACUAACACUGGUGGGGGAUUCCAAGGAUUCCAACCACAGCCCGCGGAAACGGAUGACGACACCAACCUGCGUCUUGCCAACCUGCGAAGCCAAACCGAAGAGAUCGAACGGCAGCUGGAGCGUGGUCUCGUAGCCUCCUCGAUGCGGCAUAUCGUCAACGUUCGGACGGAACUUCUGGGAAUUCAAGAUGCCCAGUUCAACAGACGGCGUCCGCUGCCAGAGGUUGGAGCAUUGAUUGCACGCAUCAUGGACGCUUAUACUCGUGUAUGCCAACUGGAAAACAUGCAACUUCGGGAGAGAACAUCAACGGGCAGCCAUAGCCAUGCCUCAGCCAAUAUUGAAACCAAUGCUCAAGGUCGCUGCAUCCUCAAUUCGUCGGUUUCCGAAAACCAUAGCAUCUUUAUCGUGACUGGGCCAGGUGGAAGCCCCCAGGUCAUCCUACCCCCAGGUGCGCAGUUGGACGGAACAAUUUAUCUGCCAGGCGCACAGUUAGAUGGAACAAUUUAUUCGCCACCUGCAGCAGCAUCUGAUGCACCCGUCCCUCCGCAACCUCCCCAGAACGCAGCAAUAGUCGAGAACGUGUUCCGCCAGGCAAUGCCGAACCAACAGAGACGCGGUAACGAUAUCGAACAAGCCGGCUUGGCCCGCCACAUGAGUCGCAUCUGGCUAUUUGUACGUCUUUGGUUCGUCUGCUACUUGACUAGUGAGCCUGGCACCUGGAGACGCUACAUCAUGGUCGCCGUUUCUAUGUUGGUCACUCUCCUGUCAGAAACCGAUAUCCCUCAGCAAAUCCUGCGAGCAGUUAUCACCCCUGCACAGCGUCAUCUCGAGGCUUUGGCCCGUGUUGGUGGACCUGCAGACCCUGCGGCAACUGCCAAUGACCCCCGUUUUCAGGCAUUCAGUAUGCGGGAGCAGGUACGCCGCAUAGAGCGGUCUAUUCUUCUCCUGUUGGCUAGUGUAGUCCCCGGUCUUGGUGAGCGGGAGGUCGAGGCACACCUUGCGGCCGAGCGUGGCGCCGAGCUUCGGCGUCAGGAGCAGGAGCAGGCACAGGCACAGGCACAGGCACAGGAGCAGCAAGCUCAAGCUACGGAGGCCGAGGGCUCCACCAACCCCGCUGCUCAACAGGAGGCUCCUGCCUCGCAACCUGAGCCAACUCCCGCCCAGAAUUAG